ACGAGUGGCAAAAUUAAUAAUGGCUAUCCUACAAAGUUUAUUGAUUGUCGUUUAGUUGAUCUGAGGUUAUGCUUUUCUAUACACGGAGGAGUUAACUACUUGUUUGAGGCUAGAUUUCAACUAGUUGCAGAGAAAAAUCUCCCUGAGAAAGAUGCAAAACAGGAGCGGAGAUGCCGCAACUUGGUGCUAGUUCCAUGUCAAUUCCAAGGACACAUAAAUCCGAUGGUUCAGCUAGGCACCAUCCUUCGCUCCAAUGGUUUCUCCAUCAUAGUUGCUCAUGCCCAGUUCAGUUCUCCUCAAACUUCUCAUCAUCCUGAUUUUAUCUUCUUUUCGCUACCAGAUGGCGUAUCAUCCAAACCUGAUGUCCCUCGUGGCUUUUUAACUUUCACGUCAAAUCUUAACUCAAACUGCAGAGCUCCAUUCCUGGAAUUUCUGAGGCAGACGAUAGAAAAACAGGAGCAGCAAGACCAACUCCCCUGCAUAAUUUAUGAUGCACUCAUGUACUUUGCACAAGCAGUCGCUAGUCAUCUGAAGCUACCCAGCAUCAUUCUACAUACUGGUAGUGUCGCUAAUAUGCUGACAUACUUUGCGUAUCCUCUACUCCAAGAAGAAGUUAUAUUCCUCCACAAGCUUGAAACUACCACUUUUGAUGCAGAUUCCAACUCAACAGAGUUAGUGCCAGGGCUUCAUCCACUAAGAUUCAGGGAUCUACCAACAACCAAUUUCGAUAAUUUAGAUGCCACUAUGCAACUAAUAGCUAUACUGAGCAUUAUAGGAUCAUCUUCAGCCAUCAUUUGGAAUAGCAUGAACUGUCUUGAACAAUCAUGGUUAGAACAAUAUCAACAGCAAUGCCAAGUUACAAACUUCUCGAUAGGUCCUAUGCACAAAAUUGCUUUGGCCUCCUCUAGUAGCUUGCUGGAAGAGGACAGCAGCUGCAUCUCAUGGCUUAAUAAGCAGAGACACAACUCAGUUAUAUAUGUAAGUUUCGGAAGCAUAGUGUCUGUCAAUGCCAAAGAGCUAACAAAAAUGGCUUGGGGCCUGGCCAACAGCAAGCAACCUUUCUUGUGGGUGCUUAGACCUGAUCCAGUGAGUGGAUCAGAACCUACUGAUUGGCUGCCUGAUGACUUUAAAGAGACUGUUGGAGAAAGAAGCUGCAUUGUGAAAUGGGCACCACAACAAGAAGUAUUGGCGAAUAGUUCUGUGGGAGGGUUUUGGAGCCACUGUGGUUGGAUUUCAAGUGAAGGGGUUCCAAUGAUUUGUAGACCUUGUUUUGGUGACCAAAAGGUGAAUACAAGGCACAUCAGGCAUGUAUGGAGAAAUGGGUUUGAGUUGGAGAAUGAUUUGGAAAGAGGGAAGAUAAAGAGAGCAAUUAAAAGGUUGAUGAUUGAAAAAGCAGGGGAUGAGAUGAGGCAGAUGGCAGCAGAAUUGAAAGACAAAACUGAAGAUAGUCUCAAGAAGAACCUACUGUAAUUUCUGUAACAAUCAAUCAACAGUUGCUAU